CAGCUGGUGAGGACACAGCUACUGAGACGGAGCCGCAGCGGGAGAUCGCCGGCGUGGUAUGGUGGUGAGUGAGGCGAGAUGCAGGAGCGGUGGGCCGAGCUGAGGGGCAGCAGGUGGUGGUGUGGCAGGAGGGAAGGCGGUGGCGCGGGCCAGGGGCUGCUGACGGUGAUGGCGGCCAUGUUGGUCUUGCAGCUCGGGGCUCACGGCUUCAAGACUCCGGACUCGGCUGUCAAGCUAACCAAAGAUGACCUCAAGUUCCUGUUUGGGGACCAGGAGGUUCCCGCCCACGGCCUGGUCAACGUCAGGAGCCGCUCAAGGGAGAAGAGAUCCUCCAGGAACCUGACGGAGUUCCCGGGCUUCUUGGACGUUACUGUCACUGACGACCAAGAGGAACUGGAGUUCGAGCUCCGACCCAACUACGACCUCUUGUCUAACAACUUUGUGCUAGUGGUACGCGGCGAGGACGGGGUCACCAAGCACAGGGGCUUCCCGGGCCACUCCUGCUUCUUCUCCGGCCAAGCCAAGGGCCGCCCGGACACCUCUGCUGCCCUCUCCAACUGCGACGGACUCGGCUACACUGGUGUGAUCAUGUCCUCCAACUACACCCACCUGGUGCGGCCACUCAAGAACCCCAGCCACCUGCGGGAACGACGCCAGACCGGAGCAGAGGCCAGCAGCCACAGCGGCGGCCUCCACAUGACGUCAGACGGCCUCCAUGUCAUCCACAACAGGAACGCCAACUCCAAAUGUGCUGUGUUUGAUCUGGACGCCAUGAGAGCUCCGCGCGUCAUCGUCGACCUGACGAAGGAUGACAGUGAUGUCACAGGCGAGGCAGCCAAUGAGGAUCUAAGCCGCCAUGACAUCACCAAGCGAGCGACCAUUGAUGGAAAGCAGAUUGAGACGGCCGUGUUCGUCGACGACGUGAUGUACGCGGUCAUCAAAGACAGGAAUCCCAAUUUAGACGCCGUCAAAACUAUUACAGAUUUGGUUCUGACUAUAAUGAACGCGGUACACCUGAUGUACAACUCGGCCUCACUAGAGGUCCACCUCACCAUCACGGUGGUCCGACUCGACAUUAUCAAGUCCUCCUCCAGCGGGCCACCUAAGGCUGGUGGCAACAUCCAGUUGUACUUAAGCAACUUCUGCGCGUGGCAGAUGGAGCAGAACGACGCGGCGGCGGGCAGCGGGGAGUCUUGGGACCACGCCCUCAUGCUCUCCGGCCUCGACCUCUGGGAUGGCUCCCCUGAUGAGACUACAGUCAUAGGGCUGGCGUGGGUGUCGGGCAUGUGUCAGGCCAGAUACUCCUGCACCAUCAACGAAGGCACCAGCUUCGAAGCCGUCUACGUCAUCACCCACGAGAUGGGGCACAACUUGGGGAUGUCCCACGACGGGUCACGGGAGGACAGGAACACCUGCGACGCCACCAAGUAUCUCAUGUCACCUUCCACAGGACCUGGCAAAGUGACCUGGUCCAAGUGCUCCAACCUUGAGCUGAAGACCUUCUUGCGCACUCUAUCGCCGGACUGCCUCUCCAAGAAGGCCCGGGCCUCACGCACCUUGGACUUCGACAAGGGCAAGGAGCUGCUGCCGGGGGAGAGGUACUCCAAGGAGGAGCAGUGCACCUUCGCUGAAGGGUCCUCCUUCAAGCCCUACGUCACAUCCAAGGCGCCCUACAACGAUGUGUGUCGGGAGCUGUGGUGCCAGAACACGACCCACGCCAUCCGCACCCACCCGGCGCUAGAGGGCACCACCUGCGACCUUAAAAAGUUCUGCAUCAGUGGGCAGUGUGUGACCAAGCCAGAGAAGGCGCCACCACCGCCAGACCCAGACGCCAACAAGGUCCAGCCGCCCACACCCAAGCAACCAGACACCACGGACUCAUCUUCCAAUGGCUUCUUUAAUUUCUUCAAGAGAAUAAGGAAUAUGUUCAAUACGUAUCUGUCCCUGAAAAGUGGUCUACCGGAGUCGGUGUUCACUUCGAGGUGGCUGUUGACGAACGUGUCUGAGUGUUCGGCGGCGUGUGGGGGCGGCUGGCAGGAGAGUCAGGCCACCUGCACUGCGGCGGAGGGCGCCGUCGCCCUCUCUGACACCCUGUGCGACCCGCUCUCUCGCCCGCCGGUGUUAGCAGCUUGCAACACCCUCCCCUGUAUCGCUCGUUCUGCGUAGCAACAACAUCCAUUCAAGUAGCAGAAGCUCUCCUUCAAGAGUGGAAAAUGUCCUUACCUGAAGAGACUGCUGCCUCUCCUUUUCCAUUAUUCCUAACACGCCGCCGUGUAGUAGAUCGUCGUGUAAUAUUAAAGACGUCACCUGUCCAACCUUCGUGGUAUAAUGGUCCGACUGUCGUCCCCAGACACCAAGGACGAGGCUGCACUGUGGACUGACACAUGUUUGUUAUAUCAUCCGUCCACCACGUGUGCCAAGCUCCAUAUUAACACGUAAUUGCCUCUCACAGCCCAGAAUGGCUAGGCUCAUGACCCAAGUCCCGAGUGAAGCGAUCUGUCUCCCCUCUCUCUCUCUCUCUCUCUCCCUCUACAUCUCUCUCUCUCUCUCUCUCUUUAUCUAUCUCUUCGUCCUCCCCCUCCCCUACCUGCCACAAGAAGCACUGAAACAAAUGAAUGGGUCUCAGAGGCUUUGUUUUUUCUUUCUCUUCAUACAUACUUGGUGCUUGUCCUAACACCUCCACGGUAAUCACGCGCCAUGUUUCACAUGGCUCUAAGAAAGACAAUGUCCUUCGGGUGUGACUAAUAUUUGUUGAUGACUAAUUUAUUAAUGACUAAUAUUUGUUGAAGCAUUUAACUUAGGCGUAUUCCGUCCAGUAACCCCAGACCAUUUUCCUUUUGGACAGACAUAUAUAUUUAUAUAUAUAAUUAUAAUUUAUAAUAAUAUAA